GCUUGUCAGUAAUAAACGCGUCGUAUACAGAACCGGAUCGUGUGGACGCGCGUGAAGUGUCAGUUGCCUAAAUUCGACAAAUACCAAUCUGCUUCUUAAUAUUUGAGUAUUUUCUGCGCUGCAAUGUCAAAGUUGAAAAAACUGUAAUUUCGGCAGACUGAACAGCAAUUUCUUCAUUAAAAAACUCUGAAGCGCUGCCUGAAGACGCGGAGGAGUGAUUAACGAAAAGGCCGAACGCUCGAGUUCAGGGUGCACAUGCUGAAGAGACGGCGAUCUGUGCAUGCGGAGAUACACGCGUCACUAUGAGGCCGUGGCUGAACAAAUCGCUUUGUUUUGCGAUUCUAGGGUUCUUUUUGAUAGCCCUUGGCAUUUCCUUCUGCUUCCUAUGGCCGACGGUUUUUCAUCAGAUUCUUCAAAAAGAAUUAGCUCUAUCGCCGACUUCGAAAAGCUUUGAGAUAUGGAAGGACACCAGCAAUUUCCCGCCGCUGUUUAUGAAAAUGUAUCUCUUUAACUGGACUAAUCCGGAGAAAUUCACCAUAAACAAACCACAUUUCACUCAAGUUGGACCUUAUUAUUUCAGGGAAGUAAGACAAAAGGAUAAUGUCAAAUUUAAUCAUGAGAAUAAAACCGUCAGCUAUCGUCAACGACGAUUUUGGUACUACGAUGCGAAACGGAGCAAUGGAAGUCUCGACGAAAUUGUUACCAAUUUGGACGGCGUCGCUACGUCUGCGGUACAUAAAAUUCGAUACUGGGAUCCCGAUUGGCAGAAGUCACUAUCUUUUCUCAUGAGUAGCACCAGCCGACGGCUCUAUACCAGUAAAAAGGUGGACGAAUGGCUAUUUACAGGCUAUUCCGAUAAUCUGCUAACCAUGGGCAAAAUGAUGCCUAUUGAAGACGUCCCAAACUUUGAUCGUUUCGGCUGGUUUUACAUGAAAAAUGGUAGCACGGAUAUAGACGGCCAUAUAAAUAUGGAAACGGGCGAGGAUGACAUUAGCCAAUUGGGAAUUGUAAGAAAGUGGAAUUACAGAGACACUAUGAAAUUCUACAAGGGUCCUUGUAAUGUUAUCGAAGGCGGCGCGGGUGAAUUUUGGCCACCCAACAGAAUGCAGGACGAUAUUACUUUGUUCAGUACAGAAUUAUGCCGUCCGCUAAUCUACGAAUACGAGAAAACGGUUUCUCAUUUCGGUAUCGAGGGUUAUCGAUAUGUUCUCGAUAAGAAAACUCUCGGAAAUGACACGAGACGACGUUAUCCUCAUGAGCAAGCGAAAUAUUUCGAACCGACCACGACGACCGAGGACUUUUUCGCAGCUGAACAUUUGUCUGAGAUGGGAAUCACCACAACUUCCGACAACGAUCGCUCGUCCGAAAAGAGUUCGGAGUACUCAGAUGACGAUCCGGAUGUCAUUAACAUGGGUAAUUGCUACUGCGGUGGCGAGUGCACGCCGUCAGGUCUAAUAAAUGUGACCGCGUGCCGUUAUGGUGCGCCAGUCUUCGCCAGUCUACCUCAUUUUCAUAAGGCUGAUCCCAUUCUUCUCAACCAAGUCGAUGGGCUAUCACCCAACGAUAAGGAUCAUAGCUUCUCAAUAACCGUCGAACCCAGAACAGGAAUUCCUUUAAAAGUAGUAGCUAGAUUACAAGUCAAUCUUCUUAUACAACCAUCAGAAAUUGUGACGCUCUUCAAAAACGUACCCAAGAUGUAUAUACCGAUGAUAUGGUUUGAGCUGACAGCAGAAGUUACCGAGGAGAUGUCAUCUGGUUUAAGACAAUUGUUAGCUGUCCCAGUUGUGAUGCUAAGUAUCGGUAUAACUAUGAUAGUCGUAGGAUUAUGUUUAAUUGGUGGCGUAGCGUUCCUGUAUUUCAAGAAGAGACGACAAGUAAUUCCAACGGAGGAGACAACAGAAAAGGCGGUAGACGAAUCGCCUGACAAGAAAACGGAAAUGGUAUACAUGGACAAAACGAGUAGCCAAAAUGAAGAUACCAACGUCAGAGGCGAUCGCCGUUUGUAUGCCAAACUCUACUGAAUGUCCCUCUGGGGAGAGAAACGGCAUAGGAAAAUGUGCAACCGUGGUGUAAUUUUGACACAUAAAAAGCAUAAGACAUUUGCAAAGUAAAAUUUCAUGUGUUCGAGCUCCACCGCAACGAUAUACUGUCCUAAAAUAUAUAUACUAGCAAAAUGUCAGAAGCACAUCGAUAGAACGUUUUAUGUAUGCAUAUAUGCAAGUAGGAAAAUUGAUAUAAAAUAUUCCUACUUGCGUGUGAUUUGCAAAAACUGUGAGAAAAAAUAAUUAACAAAAACUAAGUUAAUUUGUAGAUCGCGGAUUCCACGUUUUAUUUCAUAUAAAUGUUUCACAGUUGCAUAACAAAAAAAAAUUUAAUCAAUUCCUAACUC